GUCCGUGAUCAUUGUUUGUAUUUGAGAACUGCCAAUUACCUCUGAUUGUUACGGGGCUUUUGCACUAAAGUAGCAGAACGUUAUUCGUUGGUCCCUGCUUUUCACCUGUGUGACAGCAGACCGAAGCAGCACCAGCAGGUUGAUGUUCUUCCUCUUCCCGGUCCAUGUUGUGCGUGAUUGUGAAGUUCUUGCAAGUGCCACUAAGCUGUGUUAGGAUGCUUCUUGCAGCCAAGUGCAAGCUGUUUACAAGUGAAUGUCCGAUGUGUUGCUGCUAAUCUUCUUUGAUGGGAUAGUUGGGUUUAAUCCUAACAAAGUCCUCAUAAAUUUACAAAGCUGAAAUGUAAACAUAGUGUGUCAAUCUGUUCCAUUACUGUUUUGUUGAUAAAAAAAUCACAUUGGCAUUUAGUUGUCCUAUUUGUGUUGUUUUAUGUUAGGUCAUGGUGUCAAGGGGUAUUGAGGGUAUUUUUCAAAUAAAUUCAACUAGCAAAGAUGGCUAAUUGGCAUUAUGAAUUUUUGAUUUCUAUUCCGAGCAAUGACGAUGUGAAUGGUGAAUUGAAAAUCAGCAAAAAAGGGGAACUGAGCUGUACUGUACAGUAAAGCUGAAGAGGAAGAAGUGCAAUUGUUUUGUAUUCUUUCAAGUUGGACACUUUCUGUGUUAGCUUCAUGUGAGUUGUCCCUCCAAAGUAGAAUGACAUUUUUCUUUUUUUUUUUUUUUGCUUUUUUUUCUUUUUUUUUUAUAUAAAUCCACAGUCAACUUUUUACUUUCUUUCUGGACUCUGUUAGACCACUCGUGUAUGAAAGGAUGAGAAUCUCCAUGUGCUACAAACUUCACGACAGUUGCGUUCCAAGCAAAAAGGAAUCAACCCGUUGCAUGACUUUAAUUCUGGUUUUGGCCUGUAUGACCAUCCUGGGGACCCUGCUUGCCAUUGCUGUGCUGGAAAGACCCCAGGCCCCCCCACGUUCUCAAGACAUUGAUGACCGUAAGGCCUCUAUUGACCAGUGCAGUAUGGCCGUUGUGGAGAGUAUUCCUCAACAUGUGCAAUACAAAGCCAACGCAACAUUUGGGAUCCCUUUGGAGAAAGCUUGGAAGGAGCUUCUCUCCAUAGCAACAGAAAAGGUGGAAGUGGUCUCUUUUUACUGGACAUUGACUGGGGAGGACGUCAAUAUCAACUCUUCCUCUGAUAGACCUGGACGGGAAAUCCUCGAGCAACUUCAAUCGCUUCCCUCCAGGAACGUCUCAGUCCGAGUGGUGACCAGCCUUCCGUCCCUCAUCACCAAUUCCACUGAUUUAAAGAUCCUAGAACAAAAAGGAGUUCACGUACGCAAGGUGAAUUUUGGACGCCUGACAAAUGGUGUGCUGCACAGCAAGUUCUGGAUAGUGGAUGGGCAGCAUGUGUUUAUAGGUAGCGCUAACAUGGACUGGAGGGCUCUGACGCAGGUGAAGGAACUGGGUAUGGUCAUCUACAACUGCUCCAGUCUAGCAAGGGACCUCCAUAAGAUCUUCCUGUCUUACUGGGUGAUGGGAGAGUCCAACAGCUCUCUGCCGCAGCACUGGCCCCCCACCUUUGACACUGACAUCAAUAAGGAGCACCCCCUGUUGGUGAAAGAGGAUAACAUCACCAGUCGACUCUACAUUGCAAGCUCCCCGCCAUCAUUCUGCCCUCAAUCAAGGACUCAGGACCUGGAUGCCAUCGUCUCCAUCAUCUCAGGAGCUCAACACUUUAUCGAUGUAGCUGUUAUGGACUAUUCCCCCAGCAUACACUUUCAACACCCAAAGAGAUACUGGCCCAUUAUCGACAACGCCAUCAGGGCAGCGGCAUUCGAGAGGAGGGUUAAGAUUCGAAUGCUUAUCAGCUGCUGGACCAACUCCUUUCCAGGAAUGCUACCAUUCCUUCAGUCACUCGCCUCCUUGGACAACUUCAAGGCUCACAUCAGCAUUCAAAUUAAGUUCUACGUCCUGCCUGUUGGAAACCAGACUAACAUUCCCUUUAGUCGAGUCAACCACAACAAAUACAUGGUGACUGACAAAGUGGCCUACAUCGGCACGUCCAACUGGGACGGGGACUACUUCCUGACCACAGCUGGAGUGGGUCUGGUGAUUUCCCAGCAUGCCCCCCACCCUAUAUGGAAGAGCAAGGCCGUGCAGGGCCAGCUCCAGGCCGUGUUCAACAGGGACUGGUACUCUAAGUUUGCAGUGCACCUCACUGACCUGGGCCACCACCCAGACUGUGCGCUGUCACCAUGAGUGAGGAUGAAGGUUCUUGAUACGUACAGUAUAUGUUUUGAACUAUAUCUUUAUAUCAGCAAUUUAAAUUAAUUUGGUGCAUUAGUUCUCUCACCGUGUUCUUUAUAAGCUAUCCUGUAUGAACUUUAAGCUUUUUUUUUGU